CAGGGUGUCACAGUCUUCCUCUCGCUGUUGCCGCCGCGGAGAGGAGCUUAGCCGACCCGAUCGAGGAGCACGGUUACCCGACGGGCUGGGUCUAUGGUCGUUCCGCGGCCCGCUCCGCCAGCUGGUGCUUUUUUAUUAGGGCGCGCUGUGCUCCAUGGCAGGGAACUUUUGGCAGAGCUCCCACUAGUGAAUGAUGAACAGAACUUCAUGAAGAUAAUUUUAGUGUAAAAUUUUAAUGUUUGCAGUGGAUUUUGGAUAAACAAGAUCUAUUGAAGGAGCGCCAAAAGGAUUUAAAGUUUCUCUCAGAAGAAGAGUAUUGGAAAUUACAGAUAUUUUUUACAAAUGUUAUCCAAGCAUUGGGUGAACAUCUUAAAUUAAGACAACAAGUUAUUGCCACUGCUACAGUCUAUUUCAAGAGAUUCUAUGCCAGGUAUUCCCUGAAAAGUAUAGAUCCUGUAUUAAUGGCUCCUACAUGUGUGUUUUUGGCAUCCAAAGUAGAGGAGUUUGGGGUAGUUUCGAAUGCAAGAUUGACUGCUGCUGCUACUUCUGUAUUAAAAACUAGAUUUUCAUAUGCCUUCCCAAAGGAAUUUCCUUACAGGAUGAAUCAUAUACUAGAAUGUGAAUUCUAUCUUUUAGAACUAAUGGAUUGUUGCUUGAUAGUGUAUCAUCCUUAUAGACCUUUGCUCCAGUAUGUGCAGGACAUGGGCCAAGAAGACAUGUUGCUUCCCCUUGCAUGGAGGAUAGUGAACGACACUUACAGAACGGACCUUUGCCUACUGUACCCCCCUUUCAUGAUAGCUUUAGCUUCUCUACAUGUAGCCUCUGUGGUACAGCAGAAAGAUGCCAGGCAGUGGUUUGCUGAGCUUUCUGUGGAUAUGGAAAAGAUUUUGGAAAUAAUCAGGGUUAUUUUAAAACUAUAUGAGCAGUGGAAGAAUUUUGAUGAGCGAAAAGAGAUGGCAACUAUUCUUAGUAAGAUGCCAAAACCAAAACCACCUCCAAACAGUGAAGGAGAGCAGGGUCCAAAUGGAAGUCAGAACUCUAGCUACAGCCAAUCUUAAAACAUUCCGAAGAAUUCCAUAGUGGACCUCUUGGAAAUAAACCAUUGGACAGAUUUCAGUAAUGUCUUCAGUGGAACACAAAUGAAAAUGAAUAGCUUGUUUCUGUCAAGCAAUAAUGGGAAGUGAUUUUAUUUUUGCAAAACAAGUUUUUCUUUACCUAAUUUGAUUUUAGUACAUAAUUGAUUGAAAUCUUUCAUUAUAAAAGGUUUAAAAGGUUCUGAGGGAACCUGUGGACACACAUAGGCACUUCAAAGUUAAUAGCUUUUGCUUAAUAUAUUAUUCUUAAUUUGAAUAAUAGAAUUUUUAACUUUUUAUUAAGUCAGGAAACAAAACAUGAUUUGUUUAAAAUUCUCUUUGGUCAUUGAAGGACCAAAAAAGGACCUAAAAAGUCAAUAUAUGAGGGUUUUUUAACCUCCUUUGUAGGUUAAACUUUAAAACUAUUUAAGGAAUGAAACCUUACAAAAUCCUAGAAAUAAUCAGGGAAAUUAAUCAAGUACCAAUUGAUUUUUACAAUGUAUUUUACUGAGUAGUUUUGGUAGCUUGCCAUGAAAGGCACUAGCCCGGUCUAGCAGAAGAGUGCAAUAUGUAUAGCAUAGUUUUGACAUUUUAAAAGUUACAUUUGUUCCAUAAAUGCUGGGCAGAUUUUUAAACAGCAAUCCACGUGAAAUUAUUCACAAUUAAUUCAUAGUUAAACAGGAAUUUUGAAAGUUUAAUUGGAUAAAAUACCAUAAUAAAGUUAAAACUUGAUAAAAUUUUAAUGUUAGUUUAAUCUGCUGUGAAUAGUUUUUUAAAUAAAAUUAAUAUGCCCUAGUUUAAUUUUGUGUGUUAAUGUGGACAUAUAAAUUUAUUGCAGGUAUUUUGAGCUAGUAACACAAUCAGGUUUCAGGCCAGUUUGCUGCUGGCUAUUAAUUCUCAUGAGUGUAGUAUUUCAGACUAAAUGUUUUGUCAGUGGGACUGUGCUGUCUGUGAAACGUAAUAAAUUAAUCAUUUUCUUCAUACUUGAAGGAGAGUAAUAAAUAAAACUUGGAGUCAGGAUAUUAAUGUACAAUUUAAGAAUUAAAAAUUUUUAUAGCUUCAUUGUGAACAAUGGACUAGUCAAUGUGACUUCCUAGCACAAAACAAGAAUAAAAGUAAAUUCUCCAGCCA